UGCAGGAGUUGGUCAGAGACUGCAGGAGUGUGCAGGAGUUGGUCAGAGACUGCAAGCAUAGUACAGGAGUUGGUCAGAGACUGCAGGAGUUGGUCAGAGACUGCAAGCGUAGUACAGGAGUUGGUCAGAGACUGCAGGUGUAAUACAGGAGUUGGUCAGAGACUGCAGGCGUAGUACAGGAGAUGGUCAGAGACUGCAGGCGUAGUACAGGAGAUGGUUGGAGACUGCAGACAUAGUACAGGAGAUGACCAGAGACUGCAGACAGGGGAUGACCAGAGACUGCGGACACAGUACAGG